AAACUUCUAUGUUGUUUGACUAAACUACAUAAUUUUAAUAGUAUUUCCGCAUAUACAUAAUAAAACUUGGCUUUCCAUCCAACAGUUUAAUAGAAUUUGUUUUCAUCGUAUAUACUACAUGUAUUCUUUUGCAUCUCAAUACAUAAAAUAAGAAUUCUAUAUGAUUGUAUUUUAUACAGAACUUUCACUUGUAUAAUACUAUAUAUUUGUUGUUCAUAUAUAAAUAUAUAGAAAUGUAAGCUCGUCUUAAAAUUUACAGAAAACUUUAUUUACGAGUAAAAGCAUAAACUUGGAUAGUUAUUUUAAAAAUAUGCAAAGCAAUUAAAAAUGAAUAGAGUAAAAAGAUAAAUUAUUUGAUAAAAGUAGCUGAAAAAAGAAAAGAAAAAAACAGAAUCUCUGAACUCAUGAGUGAAUUAGGUUACAACCUCAAAUAGUAAUGAAAAUAUAAAAAAUAUCAUAGCCAAUUUUCGGAUUAUUUCUUUAAAAUUUAUGGUUGUUAUCCUUAGUUCCCAAGAAAAAAACAAAUCAGAUAAGUGAAAAUAUACUGACAAAAUUUUAUAAAGUUUAGGGUAUAUGAUCCAAUUAAUCCAAUAAUAUGUUCUUCUGUAGGACAAGCUUAGGGGUCGGCAAAUAAACCAAAUCCAACCCGAUAAAAAUAAAAUUGAAUCGAAUCGAAUCUGACAUAAAUACUUAAUUGGUCUUAUUCUAGUGUUAUAUGAUAUUUCGGUUUAUAGAUUUUAUUCGAACGCGAACCCGAAGGACUAUCCAAAAAAUAUCGAAAAAAUCAAUAUUCAAAACAAGUCAUAUCAAACUCGAGCACCUACAUGAAUAAUUAACUCAAGAAUCUAAUUAAUAAGUAUAUUUUAGGUAUUUGAUCAAAUAUUAAAUUUUUAUGAUUUGAGAAUUGCAUUUGAAGUUCAAUUAUGAAUAGAUUUGCUUCUAACGUUUAAACAAUGUUUCUUUAUAGAGUUGUUAGUUGGUAAUUUUAACUCGUUUAUACUUUUUUAUCUUUUAAUGACCACUUCUGAAUCAUUCCACCAGUUUUUGUUAGAGAAAAUUGUUUACAUACUUCUAAAUUACAAACAUGUAUUUGGGUAACUUAAACCUGAUAUAGAAUUGAACCCAAAGUUAAAACGGAUUCAAUCAAAUAUGUGAUGUGAACUGAAUCUGAGAAAACCCAAAACAGAUCCGAACUGCACUUUAAAAAUAUCUAAAGGGUCAGUUUUCAUCCCCCCCUCCGAAGAAUCAAAACCUGAUUUAACCCAAACUGAACCCAAUUGACACACGGAUGCCCAUGCCUAGACAAAGUCUUAUCUAGAGUUGGGUAUUCUGAUUUCAGGUUCGGAUCGGGUUAUUUAGGUUAUUUGGGUAUAUAUGACUCGUUGAAGAACCAAACAUUUCUCAGAUCCGAUCAAUUUGGGCAACGUAGGGUUCGGGUCGAGUAAUGUCGAAUUCGUCCCGUUUAGAAGGGCAGAAUCUAAAUAUAGUGUAGAACAAGUAGGUGUAACUGUUGAGUUUUAUGGUGGUGAACUCAAUGGAGUGAGUUAUAGUGAUCCCGCAACUGUGAAAAAAAUAUGCUAGACGGGCUCAAUUGGGUGAGAUUUUUGAAUUAGAUCGUGCUACUUUGAAAUCCGAUGGUGUUUUUUGUAGCAGUCUAAGAGGUUGGUUUACUUUUGGGAAUGCUUUGUUUGCUCUACUUUUGUUCUUUGGACACAUUUGACCGAUCGGAUCUCUAUUUUCUACAAACCCGAAACAGAAUCGAUUUAAAAUGGUUCUUGGUAAGGUUUGAAACAAACAAAAAAAUUACAAAAAAAAAAACAGAAAAUCCGAGUUAAACCGUAAAAUCAAAAAUAUUCGGGUAAUCCAGGAGUUUUUUUUUAAUAAUUUUGAUUUAUAAAAAAUAGUUUUUAUAUCUAUUUAUUUUGAAACUUAAAAUAAUUUUUAUUUUUAUUAAGUUAAGGAUAUGCGGUAUCCGUUUGAUUCUCGAUUUGGAUCCGAUUCGGUUCAGUUUUUCAAGUUUAGAGAAAUAUAAACUAUUCGGAAAUUUCUAUCUGGUUUCGGUUUUGGUGUUUUGGUUUAGUUCCAAUUCGGUUUUCGGGUUUCACAUAAUAUGUCUAGCAGUCUAGGACUAGUCUUGUCGGUUGGUGUAACUGAACAAUUUUCCACCGGUAUAGCGCUCACUCGUACUUCAGCUGUAUUUUCAAUAAACGAAAGUGAGGAAUAUAUGGAAGCGUAACGCUAUAAAGGGUUAUUCAGAUUAGUAUUUUUGGCAUAAUGAUAUUUAUAAUUAAAGAUUAAAAUUGUAUGUGACGUCAUUGUCUUACUGCAUCAAGGAGGAGCUUUAAAACAAGAUAUCAAGAACAUAAAAUAUAUUGACAUCUAACAUGCUAAUAACGCGAUCGAUAUCGAACCCUUUUUCUAUAAUGAAGGAAGCACAAGGAGCUUGCGGUUAACGUUUGUCAAGAAUCUCCAAAAAGAUAAAGCGAAAGAUGAAAACAACAAAAAGAAAGGAAGGAGAGAGAUAUAUAAAACAAUAUAAGAAAAGAAAAAAACUAUGAAAUUAAUCAAGUGAGUACCAUAAAGUUUGUGUAUAUAUAUGAAGAGAUGAGUACUCCUUAAUUAGAACCCGAUCUUGUAAGUGUUUGUGAGGUUAUAUAUGGCUCCUGUCGGAUUACCUCCAGGCUUCAGAUUUCAUCCAACAGACGAAGAACUAGUAAACUAUUAUCUUAAGAGAAAGAUCAGUGGUCAAGAAAUCGAGCUUGAUAUAAUCCCUGAGGUUGAUCUCUACAAAUGUGAGCCAUGGGACCUCGCAGAGAAGUCGUUUCUACCAAGUAGAGAUCCAGAAUGGUAUUUUUUCGGGCCACGUGACCGGAAGUAUCCGAACGGGUUUAGAACGAACCGAGCAACGAGAGGUGGAUACUGGAAAUCGACCGGGAAAGAUCGGAGAGUGACGAGUCAAAGCAGAGCGAUUGGGAUGAAGAAGACUUUGGUUUACUAUAGAGGAAGAGCUCCUCAAGGUAUACGUACGGAUUGGGUCAUGCAUGAGUAUCGUCUCGAUGACAAAGAUUGUGAUGAUCCCUCUUCGCUCCAGGACUCGUAUGCAUUAUGUCGGGUGUUUAAGAAGAACGGAAUAUGUUCGGAGUUGGAAACAGAACCGCAGCUACAAACGGGACAAUGUAGCUUCACGACGGUGUCAAUGGAGAUGAACUCCAAUAAUAUUAAUUAUAACAGUGAUAUUUACGAGGCAAUGUCGCCGGAGGUUGGAGCUUCCUCCGCCUGCGUAGAAGAUAUCGUCGACGAUAAAGAUGACUCGUGGAUGCAAUUCAUCACAGAUGAUGCGUGGGACUCCUCAUCAAACGCUGCAGCUAUGGGACAUGGUCAAGGGGUUUAUUGACCAGUAAAGAACAAAGAGUAUUACUGCAGAAAAAGGGAGAUUAUAGAACUAUUGAGUACACUUUUGUUGUACUUUAUCUAUAUAAUCGUUGAAAUAAAACCUCCGGGGGUAAGUGGUAUUUUGGAAAACUUAUAACUAAUUUUUCUAAUUGUGGAGGGAAAUCAUGUGAUUUGAUUGAAUAUUAUUUUGUAUUUUUAUAUUUUUAUAUUUUUACUUAUUUUUCCUGGGUUGAUGAUGUUAUUUUAUCCAUUGAUUUGACGACUCUAUGGAUCAUUGGUACCUUUGUUCUAUUA